GGAGACGGCGGCGGGAGGCGGGCGGAGGGAGCAGGAGGCGGUGGCGAGGGAGCGGUCGGCACUGGAGCAGCGACCGUCUGUGUCCGCCGCGCCUUCUCCCGCCGAGCUGUCAGGAGGGUUUCAGUAAGGUCUCCACAGAGGUGCCGAGUUUGCAAGAAAGGACGUGUUUCUGACGGCUUCCCAGCUCUGUGGUGUGCAGGAGGCUCUGAAGGGUGGCAGUAUCAUUUAUUUCUCCGGCGAAACAGAAGAAUGCACUUCGUCACUUCUCAGCAGCUCUGCAGCCUGUGGAGCGUGUGGGCAGUUUCUGUAUGCAGCAUCCUGGAAAAUGUGCGUUCUCUUGAAGUGAUCUGCUGAAGAGCACGUACUUGUACAGUUGUUCCAGCCUCCCUUGCUGCAUUGCUCUCAAGGACUGAAAUGCCCAGUUUCUAAUACUCUCUGGGGUCUCUAUUUCAUCUGCCAAAGAAACUCUACCUGCUGCAGUUAUCCAGUGAACCCCGAAGAGCAGGGACACUGAAGAUGGCUCUGUGUGCUCUUUAUGCUGUUUGGGGUUUGUUGCUAGAAGUGGCAAUAGCAUUUGGCCCAGUACCACGGAUCACUUGGGAACAUAAAGAGGUCCAACUAAUACAUUUUAAUGAAUCAAAAGUGUCAAACUACUCAACCUUGCUGUUAAGUGAAGACAAAAACAUUCUAUAUGUAGGAGCCAGGGAAGUGAUCUUUGCCUUAAACGCAGCGAAUAUUGCUGAGAAGCAGCACGAGUUACAUUGGAAGGCCACAGAAGAUAAAAGGAAUAAAUGUGCAGUCAAGGGCAAAUCAGAACAGACAGAAUGUCGUAAUUACGUGCGUGUCUUGCAACAGCUGAAUGAUACUUUCCUCUAUGUGUGUGGAACUAAUGCAUUUCAGCCAACAUGUGAUUACCUGAAUUUAAUUUCAUUUGAACUUGGAGGGAAAAAUGAAGAUGGUAAGGGCAGAUGUCCAUUUGAUCCUGCUCAAAGCUACACAUCUGUUAUGGUUGAUGAGGAGCUUUAUUCUGGGACUUCCUACAAUUUCUUGGGAAGUGAACCUAUUAUUUCACGUCACUCUCAUCAGAGCCCUCUGAGAACAGAGUAUGCAAUACCUUGGCUUAAUGAGCCCAACUUUGUUUUUGCUGAUGUGAUAAGAGCAGAUCCAACCAGCACAGAUGGAGAAGAUGACAAGAUAUACUUCUUUUUCACUGAGGUGUCUGUGGAGUAUGAAUUUGUUGGAAAAUUGAUGAUUCCAAGAAUAGCUAGAGUAUGCAAGAGGGACCAAGGAGGAUUAAGGAUCUUGCAGAAAAAAUGGACUUCAUUUCUCAAAGCCAGACUGAUUUGUACCAUCCCUGAUAAGAAUUUAAUUUUCAAUGUUAUCAAUGAUGUUUUUAUUCUCAAAUCUCCGACUUUGAAGGAACCAGUGAUAUAUGGAGUCUUCACCCCACAACUGAAUAAUGUGGGGUUGUCAGCAGUGUGUGCAUACAAUCUGUCUACUGUAGAAGAGGUUUUCUCAAAAGGAAAAUACAUGCAGAGUGCUACAGUGGAACAGUCUCAUACAAAGUGGGUACGGUACAAUGGGGAAAUUCCGAAUCCUCGACCUGGUGCGUGCAUAAACAGUGAAGCCAGAGCAUCAAACUACAUGAGUUCUCUGAAUUUACCAGACAAAACUUUGCAAUUUGUUAAAGAUCAUCCUCUAAUGGAUGACUCAGUGACCCCAGUGGGAGAUAGACCUCGCCUAGUAAAGCGAGAUGUGAAGUAUACACAGAUUGUGGUUGACAGAGUCAGAUCGCUCAAUGGCACCAUCUAUGAUGUUAUGUUCAUCGGUACUGAUCGAGGAGCCCUGCACAAAGCUAUCAGCUAUGAAAAUGGAAUGCACAUUAUUGAAGAAACACAGCUUUUUCCAAAUUUUGAGUCAGUCCAAACUCUUCUGCUUUCAUCCAAGACAGGCAGAAGAUACCUCUUUGCUGGUUCAAAUUCUGGUGUGGUGCAGUCUCCAGUGGCAUUCUGUGACAAGUACACCACUUGUGUUGACUGUGUUUUAGCAAGGGAUCCUUACUGUGCUUGGAAACCUCUUGAAGCUUCCUGCAUUGAUAUUUUUAAAGAGGGUGAAAUGGAAAGGAACUGGAUUCAAAACAUAGGUGGAGAUGCAUCUUCCUGUUCUGAUAAAGUAAGAGAGAAUCCCCUACAGCAUACAUUCAAGCAUGGGAGCACAGCAGAACUCAAGUGUUCUCAAAAGUCCAAUCUGGCGCAGGUAGUUUGGAAGUUCAAAGAUGAUGUGCUGAGAGUGGAGAGUCCCAAGUACCGUCUGCUGGAGAAGGCACUGCUCAUCUUCAAUUUGUCAGAAGGAGACAGUGGUGUUUACCAAUGUUUGUCGGAAGAAAAAGUCAAAAAUAAAAAAUUUUCUCAAGUGCUGGCUAAGCAUGUUUUGGAACUGAAAAAAAUGCAGCAUAUCACAGUGGGCCCCACCGUGACAGCCGCACCAACAGAAGGUCCGGAUAACUCCUACUUUGUCUGGAAGAAGAACAGACAAAAGAUGAAGGCAUGCAUCACGGAGCAGUCUCACAUGCUGCGUGAUGGCAGAGUGCAUGUUCUCAGCUGGGUGAAAGAUUCAGUAUCAGAAAACACAGAAUACAGAUGUUCAUUCAUCUCAAAAGUUGGGAACACAACAUCAGAAGUGCUGAUCACAGUGGAUGAUGAAGAUAAUGCUCGUCAGGAUGCAUGGACCAAAGAAUUUGACACCUGGAGAAGCGCCAUCAGUGAACAUGACAAGAUGAUGCAAAACUGGAAGAAAACAUGGGAGACCUGCAACAAGAGAAACAGCCUCUAAUGGACAAAGAAAUGAACAGGCUAGAAGGAGAAAUGCAUGCAAGUUAAGAGUGCCUGUUACUCUUAGCAUAAUAGCAUUUGGAGAUGUCUAUGCAAGCAUUAGUGCUGACAUUGAAACUGAUAUUCAGCAGAAACACCUCAAGCACGAAGUGGAAGGGGAUAUUCUUACUGCACCAAAGAAUAACUAAGCUAAGUUACAUGGUACAAGAGAGGCCACCCAUCUCAUGCUACAACUGUCUCUGGUUUUCUGAUGUCAGCUAUUUCAGCUUAAUAAAGUACAAAAGUAGUCUCAGCAAGACUUGUGCUGUUCAAAGGAUAUAAUAUGAUGUUUUCUGUUUUCAGUUCAUUAAGGCAACCAGGGGCUUAUUUUGGGCUUGAGGAUCUUGGCAUAUGAUUUAGAAAUUAAGACUUGGAUCACAUUUAUUUAAAGGCAUUUCAACUUGUACCCUUAUUUUUCUUUUACUGUGUUGACCCUUAUGUUGCCAGUGUUUUGAAGAGCAUACCUUUCUAGUGUCAGCAAACUCAUUUGUUCAAACGUAUUUCCUUUGGCAAUUGUGCUGGGUUUGAGUUAGUUUUCUUUACAGUGGCAGGUAUGGGGCUGUUUUGGAUUUGUGCUGAACACAGGGCUGAUAAUGGAGAGAUGUUUUUGUCAUUGCUGAGCAGGGCUCACACAGAGCCAAGGCCUCUUCUGCUUUUUAGAUGGCCAUGCGGGCAAGGACAUUGGGGGUGCAUGGGAGGCUGGCAGGGGACACAGCCAGGACAGGUGACCCCAACUGACCAAAGGGAUAUUCCAGACCAUGUGGCAUCAUGCUCAGGAUUUAAAGGCAGGGGGGCAUGUACGGAGUGAUGUCAUUUGUGUUCCCAAGUAAACAUUAUGUGUGAAGGGGUCCUGCUCCUCUGGGGAUGGCUGAACACCUGCCUACCCAUGGGAAACACUGAAUGAAUUUCUUGUUUUGCUUUGCUUGUGUGCAUGGCUUUUGCUUCUCUAUUCAACUGUCAUCAUCUCAACCCACAGGUUUUCUGGCUUUUUACGCUUCCAAUCUGCUUCCACUAUGAGAGGCUGAGUGGUGCCUGAUUGCUGGCUGGGCUUAAACCAUGACUGUAAUAAAGUUUCUAUACCAAGUAAAGAAGACUCUGCCUACAAUACAGACAGAUUACAAAGUGUGCAAGAAGACUCUUUAGUUUUUUCAAAUUAUUCUUCUAUAUUUGAGAUAAUGUAGCUUAAAAAUUCUAUGCGAAGGAAUUCAAAGACCAUUCCUUAAGAUGAUCAAAUGCAGACUGAAAAUGUGAGGACCUACACUAUUCACAGUAUAAGUGUUCUACUGCAUUACUGCUCAGAGUUUUGUCCUUCUGCAUCUAAGAAACAAAAGUCUAAGGUAUAAAUUAAAAAUUCUCUGUUAUCUGCUCAAUACAAUACAAAACAAUCUGGAAGCAAGUAUGAUGCUCCCUAAUAAUCAAUCAACCCAGGCAGAGAGCUGCUUUGAGCAGUAUCAGAAGAUUCAUACUCAUCCCUAAGUUCUCUCCUAACUGGUAAGAUUUAAAUUAGAGUGUUUCCCACAUUAAAGAAAGCAGUCUUCUCAUGCUAAGGCUUGAAUGAUCCUUUUUUCCAGCAUCAGACUACCUUGUAACACAUACAGAGUGAAAAUUCAUUUUCUCCCUACUUUCCUUAACCAUUUUCCUUGUUUUUCACAUAGGCAUUUCAUUAAUGCUGAUGCAUUAAUGAUACCACUGAUACCACUAGAGAAUUUUUUUCUCAUUUGUUCUCAGGACAACUAUAAAUAGAUUUUCCUUGAAUUGCCUCUCCUCCAUUUGUUCAACCAAUUUGGAGCACAUUUAAGUUUAGCUCUGUGGAAGUGAGUGGGAAUGUAAAGUAAGACAGGGACCAUGGUUAUGGAUGACAUAGCUAAGCUUUGCUUUGUUUCUGCAGGAAAUCACUGCAAGUAGUAAGAAGUUGCCAAAUUUUUUGUUUAGUUCAACUAGGGGGGAAAUGAAAAAAAAUCCAUGUACCAGCAUUUAGUAAACAUGGUUUUGACACCUUAUAGUAAUUUUUUUAUACUUUCUAAGAAUUGGAACUAAGUCUCUAAGAUUAUGAACAACGUAUACGAUUUCUGAAGUUUUAUGCUCUUUUACAGUAAGACAAAAUAGAAAGCAUGGUUAAAAACCAAACUUCUUUACCAACUGGUCCUCAUUCCAUGCAAAUGACUGGGUUUAGCAGUUCCAUAAUUUUAGAUGUGUAUCCCAGUGACAUUGGUACAAAUGAAUAAAUCUCAACUUACCUUUGCAUCAAGGGGAUAUGCUGGCCAAAAGCAUGAUUUGUCACUGGGACCUUUCAUCCCUAAUUUCUAUUUUAGAUUAGAAGGAACUAAUACAAAAAAGAUCAUCAUCAUCAUAACUGGUGCACUUCAGCAUAAGGCCAGCUCCCCUUGUGAAUGUUCCUUCCCAAAAGGGACAUUUCAACUGUCACUAAAUUCCCAUAAGACAAGCUUAGUUAAGUCACAAGCAUUCUUUAUAGAAUCAAUAUAUUGUAACAGAUUUUAUACAAUUUAUAUUCUACAAAAUUGUUUGCAUUUCAAAAUCAUUUGAAGUUUUUUAUAUCACUUCUAUCAUCACGAGGCAGCUCCUUUCCACAGUAUUGCACUACCAGUGUUCAGUAUGGUGAAGCGCUUGCAGAUGCACUGCAGAGAUGCUGAGCAGCACGUGGCACCUGUAUCACCUUUCAGAAAAGCUGACACAAGUCAUAUGUGCAUCCCUCCAAUUACCUUCUUUGAGCUUGUCCUCAAAAAACAGUUUACACAGGCCAAUCUCACUAACGUGCUCCACCACUACUGUAAGCACUUUU